GAUCAAUGUCAUGUCGUUGAUAUAGUUGAACGUUUGUUUCUGAUUAUUCUGGCAUAAUAGAGACCCAAACAUUAGUUAAUGAACAAAGGAUUCUUGUAAAAAUGAUACAUUUUGAUCCACAGAAUGGCCAGCUGUAAGACGGCCAGUCACAAAGGUUACUUGGCAAAGAUGGUUGUUCAUAAAGUCAAAUAUUAAAUAAAAACAUGUAUUGAUCCCAAAGGAAAAGUCGAUUUUGUUGUGACUCAUAUGAUUCAAGUUUCAUAAAGAUUUCUUUUGUAAAUGUUGAUGGUUAUGGGCAGGAGAGAUCUCCUUCAUACAGGAACUGUAUUUUAAUCAGGAAGGCAAAAUCGCCUGAUGUUGAUUUAUUUGGUACUUGAAAUCAAAAAGGAAAGAAAAAACACUGGUUAAUCUCACAGAGACUGGUAUAGUUCAAUGUUUAUUUCUGUUUAUUUAAAUUAUUCUGGCAUAGCCAAAAUGUAGAUAUCAAAAAUUAGAAUAGCAAAUAAUUGUUUUAUUCUAGUAAAGUGAUGUAUAUUAAUUUUAAGCGUCGCCUCCAGGAUCCACAGUCGUCCCCCGAACAGAAAAGCCUCAUUUAUGGACUUGUUGAUCCAAGUGGCCGCUUCUGAUGACCAACAAAUACUGGAAAUAAACAGAGAAGUAGCAGCAACAGGGAAGCAUGGUGGUGGCAGCAUCAUGCUGUGGAAAUGCCUUUGAGCGGCGGUACGUCCUGGAAGGUUUCCGAAGGCAAAGGGACGUUGAUGCAGAACAACUUCAGCAAGUCCUGUAAACAAACUGUUAGAACGACGGAGGAGAUUUAAUAAGGCAUCGACUGCAAGAGCUGCAGAAAUAAGUUCACAGACAACCGGGCAGGUAUUCUGGAGAGGGCAAAGCAACACAGAGGUCAUAGUUUGAGACAUAAGAAAAAAAUGUUCAACAUAAAUAAAAAACCAAAUGACGCUGUCCACAUGUGCACUAAGAAAAGCAGCUAAAAGGAUGAAAUGCACCUUUAUGUGAAUGUUAAAGAAAGGUCACUAAUUAAACAUGAGCUUUAAAAAAAAUCCCACUUAAGCAGAAUAAAAGACAAAUGCACAAAGUUUUCGUUUUAACGGUUAAAGAAUCAUGAUCAAAUCAAUAAAUGUAAAAAUCUGUGCGCAAUGGCAAGACCAAAAGAAAACUCUGGGAAAACAAAUAAAAAUGAUGACCUCAAAAUAAACAAUUUCCCAAAAAAUCUUGUUGAAUUAUAGAUGGACUGUUUUGUUUUAGCGAGUGAAGGUGAUCAAUCAGAUCACAGACAAAGAAAAGCUAAGCAGUAAGAUUACUCAGUUGUUUUUAUUUGGUAUUUAGGAAGAGCAAAGACUGAUUUGUUAGAUUUGUGACUCAGAAAGCGGCUUGAGUCCGCAGUCAGUCCUCCGUGUUGACCAAAUGUGUGAAGGAAGAGAGGACUGCUCCGGAGAAAUGAGCCCUGACCGGCUUAUUCACCGACAGCGUCCGUGUGUUUACUGGCAGCAAAAAGCUCGCCCGUAGCGAUCCAACAAAAGGCUCUAGCGCGAUAUUUUCACCUGUACUAUGCUCCAACAUGCCUCUGCUAACGGAAAUAACAGAUUUAUAGUUUGUGUGAAGCGAUUUUAUGUAUUUUAGGAGACGAAAUGUGUAGAAAACCCGGCGCUCGCUGCCGAAAAUCACAGCGUGUGUGACAGGUCCGAAGGGUCCUGGGAGGAAAAGAGAAAGUCCUGCGAACCAAACCAGAGGUUAGUGUUCAGACAGGAGGGUUUUCUUCCGGUUACCUUAAGAUUCACGUGCCAAGGGUUGAAUUAGUUUGUGAUUUUGAUCGUAAAACGAAGCGGAGAAAACACAAGUGUGGCCAUGUUUGAGGCAGCAGCAGAGCGCGCGGGCUGAGUUGUCUCUUCACGGUUCUCAUGGAUGUUAUAAGUGCCGCCUCCUGCUCUGAGCCGGACACGUUGAGAGGAAGAUUGAGUGAGAAAGAUGGCAGAAGAAGCUCCAGCAGCGGUGAAAGCCCCGGCGAAAGCUCCGAAGAAGAAGUCCGCUCCCCGGGCCAAGAAGGACGGACCCAGCCUGUCCAAGCUGAUCGUGGCCGCCGUGGCCGACUCGAAGGAGCGCAAGGGAGUUUCUCUGGCGGCGCUGAAGAAGGUGCUGGCCGGGAAGGGCGUGGAUGUGGCCAAGGCCAACAAGCGCAUCAACACGGCCGUCACCAAGCUGGUGACCGGAGGAACCCUGAGCCAGACGAAAGGCACCGGGGCCUCCGGCUCGUUCAAGCUCGCCAAGAAGGAGCCCAAAGCGGCCAAGCCGGCCAAGAAGGUGGUGAAGAAGAAGGCUCCGGCCAAGGCCAAGAAGCCCGCCGCCAAGAAGGCCAGCACCCCCAAGAAACCCGCCGCCAAGAAAGCGGCGGCAGCGGCCAAGAAGUCCCCGAAGAAGGCCCCGGCCAAGAAAGCCGCCGCGGCCGCCAAAAAGGUGCCCAAGAAGAGCCCCAAGAAGGCCGCCGCCGCCGCCAAGAAGCCGAAGGCCGCCAAGAAGCCCGCGGCCAAGAAAGCGCCAGCCAAAAAGCCCGCAGCCAAGAAGGCCAAGAAGUGAACAUCUGCCCCCAACACUGCUUCAUGCACCAAAGGCUCUUUUCAGAGCCACCACCUCCACGCAUUAAGGCAUCGUUCCUCACGCUGUGUAGUUACUCCAUGCUGCACUUGGAACAAUGUUGUAUAGAAGCAGCAAUCUUACAAAUAGGUGACGAUGUUAAAUGUAAGUAACAAUGUAACAAAAUUUAUCCAACAUUGUCACAUAUUAGUAGCAAAUUUGUAACAUUUCUCACUGGGUUCAACUGCUUACAAUGUUGCAUUUUACUCUAUCGCAACUCAGUCCAGUUCAACUAGUGGGAUUUUCACCUACAAACGAUUUUACUCUUGAUUGCAAAAAAA